AUGAUUGUCAUUGUUUAUGAUUGUAGGUUAGCAUUUCAAAGUUAUUAAGCUGAUAUUACAAAAUAAUAAGAGUAAACAGUAUAAAAUUUAAUAAGUUUUCUGUAUAAUAUUUGUCGCUUUAAGUAUUUGUUUUAACGACUUAACAUACAUAACUUAUGCUUAAAGUUUUACUACCCGGAGAGUAAUUUUAAUCAUGUCUGAUGCUUGGGAGGAAAUUCAAGCUGUGAAGAGUAAGAGAAACAGUCUCAGAGAGAAACUUGAGAAGCGUAAAAAGGAACGGCAAAAUAUUUUAGGCGCUACACUCGCUAACGAUAAAGGGGAAAGUUCAGCAAGUAGCAAAGAAAAAUCUGUUCCCAGUCCUACAUCUCAGAAAACUGAAGCAUCAGAGAAGCCAAAACUACCGGUUCCAGUAGCAUCUUUAGAAGUGCGUCUAUUACAAGUGUUGUCCGACAUGCAGUUGCAACUGCCCGCUACAGCGAGUGCAUUGAUACCAGGCCUGGGCGAUGUUGAUACAGGAAUUGUUGCCAGUUUACUACAGAAAUUUGCAACACAGAAGUUAAUCACUAUCAAAGAACGUUUAGAAGGUGCAAUGGAUGCUGAAAUUGAGGUUGUUAGUGCGGAAUCUGUGAGACUGGGCGCAGUACUAACCGCUUUGAUAGAAGAACAAUCUGCUCCUGCUAAAAGAAAAGGUGACAGCACAAUAGAUGAAAGUACAAAUGUUAAAGUUGCAAAAAGUGUCACAGAUGACAAAAAGACGGCUAAAGGUGACACUGAUAUUAUGUCGCUGUUAGCAAUGCCUUCGAGUAGAGAAAAAGCAGUCAAAAGAGUGGGUGAGGAAAUAAUGGACCUUCUCAGUAAACCAACAGCAAAGGAGAAAUCAUUGGCCGAUAAAUUCAAAAGUCAAGGAGGUGCUCAAGUGAUGGAGUUCUGUCCGCACGGUACGCGCGCUGAGUGCGUGCGCAACGCUAAGUGCGAGCACGAGCACUAUGAGUGCAAAAAUCUACACAAGUACAGUCGGAUAUUUGUAACCUCGCUAUGUUUUUUUAGGUACGUCCAUUAUGAAGUAGAUAAUGCAGAUCCUAACAUCACGAAUAAAACAACAAACGAACCGGCAGCUAAAAAUUCACAAAAUGGUGCAAGUUUAGUUCCGAAGCCAGACGGAGUGUUGACUCUGACUCCUCCCCAAUGGAUACAAUGUGAUUUAAGAUAUUUGGAUAUGACGUUUUUAGCUCACUACAUGUCCCCUAUGAGGAGGGGCUCAGAAGGCUCUGAGUCUAUAUUUCUUAAAUGUUUUUGUACCAGGGCUAUGGAGUUAGGUCGGGAAUGUCUGAAAUUGUGGGGUUACGAGCGGGUAGACGAGUUAAUCUGGGUGAAGACCAACCAGCUGCAGCGCAUCAUCCGCACUGGACGUACUGGACACUGGCUCAACCACGGCAAGGAGCACUGUCUGGUCGGUAUGAAAGGCAACCCUGAGAAUUUGAACCGAGGUCUGGACUGUGACGUCAUCGUCGCCGAAGUAAGAGCCACCUCGCACAAGCCAGAUGAAAUAUAUGGCAUUAUUGAAAGAUUAAGUCCCGGCACAAGAAAAAUAGAAUUAUUCGGUCGACCGCAUAAUGUUCAACCUAAUUGGAUAACAUUAGGUAACCAAGUGGAUGGUGUCAGAUUAGUGGAACCGGACCUUAUAGCGGCGUUUAAGAAGCGAUACCCUGACGGCAAUUGUAUGGCCCCGCCUGCUGACCCUGGAUUGGCUUAGUGUAAACUUAAAUGGCUUAAACGUACACUGCCCUCAGUGAAUCCAUACUCUGAGUACCCUAAGGUUUGAUUAGGGCAACCACACUGGACUGUGGGUUGACUUUAUAUGUUUGAAUUUCUUCACCUAUCAUCCAUGUUUUCCUUCACCGUAGAAAUGGCGCGAAAUGUACAGUCGGGAAAACUGUCGGUGUUCCCCCUCAAAGUUGCAAUAGUUUCAACAUUUAGAAACGACACACUGACAAAAACCUAUACAAUGCAACUUAAAUGUAUCUAUCGGAAAAAAGUUGGUUAGUAACACAGUUUCUUUUUAUUAUCCCUUCAUUGUACCAUUCACGAUUUAAUUAGUUAUUUGUAGGAAGAGACGUUUGUCGUUACAAGGCACUUAUCCUUAAGUGAUACACUGCGGAUUUCCGCGAAUGUACACAUUGAGUUCGAAAAUCAUAGUACGGCGGGAUUCGAACCCAAGAUCUGUAGUUUACAAGUCAGUCACCCUUGAGUCACUGACGCUCCUUACUAAAAGUAUUACAUGAACUUAUUGUAUGAACACGGACUGAUUACAUAACUAGUAUAUAUGUGACGUAACUAACAGUUAGUUUUUAAGAAAAAAAUCAUUCGAUCUUAUAGAUUUAAAAAAAUAACUAAAAGUUGUAGAUAGAGCCAUCUAUUGUUGUUAAAAGUGUUUAGAUUAAAUGUUUUGAGGUUAGGUUUUUUUACAAUUCUGUAAAAUCGUACUGCCAACUAUUGUAAAUAUUUUUUUUUUACGUUCUGAAAUAAAACAGGCCUAUUUAGCGUUGUACAA